AUGAGCUCAAUCCUCCAAAUUUAUAAGAAAUACAAGAUAUCCAAUGCUGAAGUCAGGCCGAUCUUGCCAAAAUAUCAGACUGCUGAAAUAACUCAUCAAUGGACAAUCACUAGCAGAACUGUUAUUGAAGAGGUUUUUGAUGAUGAAGACAUGAUGCCUGUCAAGUUCAACUGUACAAAGUUUAGAGAUCUGGCACAGUACAUGGAUGAUAAGGCUAAAUCAGUUGAUGUCCUCGCAAUAGUUAUUGAAACAUUGGAGAAAAAGACAAUUACUACAAACUACAGAGAAUCUGUUGUUCAAAAGUUUGUCCUUGUGAAUGAGGAAUUGCAGACUGUUGUACUUUCUAUGUGGGAUGAUUUCAUCAAAAACGAAGGAGAACAGAUAAUUUCUGCCAUGAACAACUAUCCUGUUAUUAUUGCCCGAAGGAUAAAAGUUAACAACUACAAUGGUGUUUCUCUGUCCACAUGGUUUGAUUCUGCAAUCCUUGUUAAUCCUCCUAUUCAAGAAGCAAGGGAACUAAAGAAUUGGGCAAUGAGAAACAGCAAAGAGUUGACAGUUAUUCUGGAACAGAAAACCUAUACUAGAUACAAUCCAGAAAUUUCAUUAAAACCAGAUCAGAAAACCACCUUAAUUUGCAAUGUUAAUCCUUCCCACAAGAGUACAUGGGUCAAAGCACAGUUCACUUUCCAGUACAUAUUUCAGAAAUACUGGUAUAUGAGUUGCAAAAAAUGUUAUCGAGGUACUGCAGCAGCACAUGGAGUCAUUUUUAGCUGUAAUACUUGUAAAGAAAAACAUCCUGCUGAACCAAGGUGUCGCUUUGAUAUGGAUUUACGAGAUCAUACAGGAGUUAUCACAGCUUCUAUCUUUGGAGAACAAGCUGAACAGCUGUUGACGUUCAAUGCUCUUGAAAUAAUGGAACACUUUAAACAGAACAUUGAACUUCCACUUGAAACUGUCCACAAAGAACUUGAAUUAAAGUGGUUCUUGGUACACAUUAAGCCAGUACAAACUCAAGUUGCAGAUACAAAGCAACGAUAUACAAUCAUUUAUUAUUCUGAGGUUGUGGAUGCUGCUACUCAAGUUUCCUCUGUCAAUGAAUCAAUCGUUCCCUUUGUAUCAGUUCAUGAUCAGGAUGACUCUUCACAUAUCACAACUUCAGGUACUGUAACUGUUGAAGAAAACAAUCCAACUUCAAAGGUUCGUCUUUCACUAAAUCAAAAGUUUGAUCAGGCUGAAGAACCAGAAAAUAAUGCCUCUCAACUUGAAGGAACUAGCUGCAGCAAGAAGCCAAAACUGAACUAA